AUGAGUACUGUCGACAUCGACGGGCCGGCAUCGAUUCCGCUGCCAUUGUCCCCAUCUCCGGAUCAGUUGCAAUGUCACAAUAUCUCGCACUACCCUGACGUCGUUCUCCGGGAUCCUGUCGACGAGAACUAUGCUCGCUCUACCGACGGCGAACUUGCAACCUCGCGUGAAGGCCUCACAGGGAAAGACACCGAAACUGUGCUGCUAUCUGACGAACGUGCUGCGGAGGAGUUCAUCGACAAGCAUGUCAACCGCCAUACAGGCGGUCGAUCUAGUACCUCUACCCCGCCGUCAAGGCCAUCGUCCGCUGCGUCCCAUGGCCGCUUGCUCACCAUCUCUAAGGGUCACACUGUUUCUGUUGUUGUUACUUCGUCCGCGCUCGAAACCAUCGCCGCAUCUAGAGAAGCAAAACGGUCUGCCCUUCUGCGCGAGAGCGUUCAGCGUGCGCUGCAACUGGUGAACGCUGGGCAAGGACGAGACAGACCACACGUCUGGCAUGUGAGACUCGCGAUGAGAAACCCGUUUUUACCGGUCUUGAUUAUAUGUCCAAGCUUAUCUCCUACUCAUCCUUCGUUGAUAUUCGUCGGAUGCCCAGCCUCUACUCUCUCCGCCUCUGUCACCGGCUCUUACAAACUUCCUACAAUAUCCCUCGGCGACGCUGUCGUUCAUACGAUCCCAUGGCACCCAGAGAAUACGCCAGAGACUAUGUCCCUCCAAAUUGCGAAGGCCUGCUCCACGAUCCAAUUGAACACGGAUUUUCAUAAUCCGCAGGAUGAGGUAGAUUCGACCACGCCAGUUGUCCCUGCAGGUCCCGGACUUCUCGGCGCCUUGGCCAACGUCGGCAGGGACCUUCAAAAGGAAGCCAAUGUGAUGCGUUCCAAUUACAUGACGAACAAAGCUGAAGUCGGUGCUCGUUGCUUUCUUAAGAGGUUUAUGCGCUCUCAGCGCAAGGGGUCAAGACCCAGCGAACCUUUCUUUAGCGCACCACACCUCGUACACGAUACCGGCGACCUAGAUAUUGUCGAGAUGAGCCUUGAUGGCUUCAAGAACGCCAUUCGUGUCGUCUGCUUUAAUAACCCGUGGCUCGGUGUACGGCAAUGGGCAUGUCCGCGUCUCUUCGAGUAUAUAGCCGUGACCAGCGAACGAUUCACGAAACUAAAGAUAAUGAUUAGGCAGCGGUAUGAGAUACCCUUUUUACGAGACGUCCCUGCGUCCUUACAUCGUUGCGCAGACGGUGUUGUACAUAUUGCUGUCACUUUUUCGAUUUGUAUGUGCAUUCGAGUCACUAUACAUAGACAAGUCCCAACACCGGUCCUUAUACAUCAUAGAGGGUUUCCCAAAGCUGGGGACACUCGAUAUUGUCCUGGGCUCAAUAUACGCAGCGAUAUGCGGGAUGUAUAUAUUCGGUAUUAUGGCGGUCUCGCUCCUAUGUGCACACAGCAACGGAUGUGGAUGGCACGGAUAUAUGCACCGUUGUCCAUUGUGACCGCGCUGGCAACUGUAGGAACGGACCUAUUCAGGGUCAUCGUUGAUUUCGUCCUCAAGAACGAGCUCUUAGACGAGUGCGCCAAGAUCGCUCAGAGCGAUACAGACUUCAAGCGAUUUGUCUUCUGGGGCCCGACGUUCGAAACGAAGCUGAACCAGUCCGAGGCAAGCACACACUGCCACAACGAUUGGAAUCUUCGCUCUUCCCUCGAGAUCACCAUAUUCAUCCUUGAUGCUCUCGGGGUUGCCUUGAGCAGUUCGUUGGUCCUCGCCUGGGCAUACCACCUGCACGAAUCGGCUCGCCUUGAAAUCGUCACGCGCCCCUCCGGCAGAGAGGACGCCUGUCUUGCACACUACAAGCCACCGUCGCUGGCGUACAACGGGUACAACAACGGCGGCGCGAAGCUGUACGGCGGUGCAAAGCCGUCGCUGUACUCCCAAGAUGUCCCCAGGACCCUUGGAAAAAAUGGAACGUACAUCGCCGUUGCUAGAACGGACCCGUUCGAGGAUUUAGAGGGUAAUCACGGAGAGAAGGACGACAUGAAGUGA